GCGGGACCGGCCCGCAGGAGCACCACAAGUCCAUCGUGCAGAAUCCGGGGGCCACUCACCCGGGGGAGUGGCUGCGCCUCAAGGACGGCCUCCUCCACAACGAUGCCACCGUGCGAUACGAGUCGGGCCGCCUCUACGCGCUGAUCUGCAAGCUGCACCUGAGGUGCCUCGGCGACGACGCCGCGCAGAUGCCCGCGCGGGCCGCCUGGGUCGCAGCGCUGCCCAAGGAGGUGAAGGGUAAGACGCUGGCGCAGAUGAAGAGAUUCCUGAAGCUGCCAGAGGAAGAGGAGGCACGAUCCGUGCCCUCGGCCGUGCCGCUCGCGUCCAGCGGCCACGGCGGCCUCGCCCGGGCGUGGCAGGUGCCCGCCGCGUUCUGCGCCUGGGUGGGCUGCGGCGCCGAGGCGCUGGCGCCGCUGGCCUUCCCCGCCCGAGGUGACGAGAAGGCGGUCAUUGCCGCGAUGCGACUGAUCGGGAAGGC